AUGGAAUUAAGACUAGAUUGUGAUUGUGGAAGGAAAAAGAGAAAUCUAGAAAAUAUCUGCAUGAAGAAUGAGUUGGACAUGAUGAUGGAGAAGACGGGCUGGGGACGCGGCGGCGGGGGCGAGGGCUGGCCCGGGAUUCCCAGGGUCCCAGGACCGGGGCGGGGCCAGGCGGAGAGCGGGAGGAACGAACGAGAAACCACCUUUCGCAGAAAGGAACGCCAAAGCCCGAACCAGCCGCCGUCUCUAGAAAGUUCUCCCCAACCCGCGUCCCUCGCCGCAGGCCGGCUCCUCCUAGCCUCUUCCCCCCGCCCCCUCCGCGGCGGUGGGACCAAUCACUGCCCGGGCCGCCUAAGACCCGCCUCCUGCGCCCGCUGCCCGGGAAACGGCGCGAAGACCGCCUCGGGGACGAAGGCUUCCGAGAGUGGGGCUCAGUCGGCGCCGCUGUCCCUUGAGGGGGUGGACAUCAGCCCCAAGCAGGAUGAGGACGUGCUUCAGGUCCUCAAGCGAGAGGGUACAGACACAGGGAUGCCCAUGAUCGGGGACCGAGUCUCUGUCCACUACACGGGCUGGCUGUUCGAUGGCAGCAAGUUCGACUCCAGCCUGGACCGCAAGGACAGAUUAUCCUUCGACCUGGGGAAAGGGGAAGUCAUCAAGGCUUGGGAUAUUGCUGUAGCGACCAUGAAGGAGGCGGAAGUGUGCCACAUCCCCUGCAAGCCAGAAUACGCCUACGGUUCGGCGGGCAGCCCUCCCGAGAUCCCUCCCAAGGCCACGCUUGUGUUCCAGGUGGAGUGGCGCCAUCGGGGAGAUUGCACUGGGAGGUACUCCAGAGACCAGAUCUUUUACCGCCGGGAGGUCGGCGAGGCGUGUGUGGACCUGCCUUGUGGGGUGGAGAAAGUCAUUCAGCGCAAGGAAACAGGAGAACAUCCCAUUGUGUAUCUCAAGCCCAGCUAUGCUUUUGGCAGUGUUGGGAAGGAAAAGUUCCAGAUCCCCCCAAAUGCUGAGCUGAAGUAUGAAGUAUAACUCAAGAGUUUUGGGAAGGCCAAGGAGUCCCAGGAGAUGAGUUCAGAGAAGCUGGAGCAGAGCACCACAGUGAAGGAGCGGGGCACCGUGGACUUCCAGGAAGGCAAGUACAAACAAGCUCUGCUGCGGUACGAAAUCGUGUCCUGGCUGGAAUUUGAGUCGGCUUUCUCUAAUGAGGACGCACAGAAGACACAGGCCCUUCGGCUGGCCUCGCACCUCAACCUGGCCAUGUGUCAUCUGAAGCUGCAAGCCUUCUCUGCUGCCACUGAAAAUUGUAACAAGGCCCUGGAACCGGACAGCAACCAUGAGAAGGACCUCUUCCACCAGGGAGAGGCCCACCUGGAGGUGAACGACUUUGACUUGGCAUGGGCUGACUUCCAGAAGGUCCUGCAGCUCUACCCCAACCACAGAGCUGCCAAGGCCCAGCAGCGGAUCCGCAAGGAGCUCGAAUGGGAGAAGAAGCUCUAUGACAACAUAUUUGAGAGGCUAGCUGGGGAGGAGAGCAAGGCCAAGGCCAUGGUCGCUGCAGGAGACCAGCCUGUUGACACGGAGGUGAAGGACGGGCAGAAGAACCAUGUGGCAGGGGGCCAGCCUCAGGUGGAGGCAGAAGUGUGGCCUUUCCCAGCCCGGCUCCCGGCUGCCUGCCCCGCUUCUCCCUACCCUACUCCACCCUGUUGGUUCUGUAAAAACUGA